CAAGUAAAAGAAAACUUACGUUCUUUCUAUUCAAAGUUCAAACGCAGCAAAUUACAAGACGACCCAACAUUAAUUAUUUUCUGUAGUACUUUAAAAACUUGGGCUUUGUCCUAGAGGAGGAAAUCUUCUAACCAAAGUCACAAACUAUCAUAACAUUAAUUGCUUCUUUUUUUUGUGUGACAAAGAAAUGGAGAGAAUGAAGAAAUCUGUUGAUGUUUCUUCUUUCUUGCUAGUGGAAGCUACAGGUGAUUCUGAGGUUGAUUCUGAUCCCAACAUGACCAUCAUAGAUCUUGUUGAUGAUGAUGACGGUGAUGCAGAGUCAUGUAGCUGUGAUACAUCAUACCAUUCUUGUGUUAAUGGUGUCUACAGUGAGGUUGAAGAAUAUCAUGUUAAUUAUAAUGUGGUUGAUGAAGAGCAGCAUCAGCAUCAGCAUCAGCAGCAGGAGGAGGAGGAGGAGGAGGAGGAGGAGGAGCAGCAGCAGGAGAAGGGAGUUCAUGUUUAUCAAUCACGGGUUGAUCAUGGACAUGCUGGGUUACCAGUGAAGCAAAAAUCAUGUGUUUCAGUGGAUUCAGCCAACGAAUCAAUGAAUGAGAAGGAGGAGAACAGGUUGUUUUGGGAGGCUUGCUUGGCUUCGUAACUGGAGUCUGCAGGAUUAUUGUUAUUUCUCUUUCUAACUCAUGUUCCAAACCAUCUUGACCUUCAAUUUGUGUCAAUGGUUUUACUGGGUUUCUUCUGUUUUUUUUCUUCUUUUUUUCCUGGUUUAUGAAUUUUCCCCGUUUCGAGAAAGAGAGGAGAGAGGUUAAACGCGGUAUGUAUAUUUGUCCAAGAGAUAGUAACAAUUGUACAGAUGAUAUGCAGCUAACUACUAUUUGUUUU